GAUGCUAGUGUGGGCAGAGCCCGAGCUUGAUCCGCCCAGGGUGUCUUGCGCAAAGGUUCUAUAGAAAGCCAAGCAAGCUAAACAAGCCACUCUGCCUGAAGCAAGGAUGGCCGUGUCUGCUUUCCAGUUGUGGCGUGCUGGCCGGCUGCUAAGAAGAAACUUCCCAACUUGCUUGUCUUCCUGGAAAAUUCCUCCUCAUGUCUUCAAAUCCUCACAACCAGAAGCAUUACUCAGUAUAACAAAUAAUGCACUAGCCUCUGCACCUCUACAGACAUUUACUGAUGAGGAAAUUAUUAUGCAGAAGGCAGUCAAAAAAUUUGCACAGGAACAAAUUGCUCCUUUGGUUUCAACUAUGGAUGAAAAUUCAAAAAUGGAGAAAUCGGUGAUACAAGGAUUAUUUCAACAAGGGCUGAUGAGCAUUGAAGUUGAAGCAAAAUAUGGAGGAACAGGAGCUUCCUUUUUCAGUGCUGUCCUUGUGAUAGAGGAACUAGCUAAGGUGGAUGCAUCUGUGGCUCUCCUGUGUGACAUCCAAAACACAAUAAUUAACAACCUGUUUAGAAAACAUGGUACAGAAGAACAGAAGGCCACCUAUUUGCCAAAGCUGGCUACAGAAAAAAUAGGGAGCUUUUGCCUCUCUGAGGCUGGAGCUGGUAGUGACUCUUUCGCUAUGAAAACAAGAGCUGAUAAAAGCGGAAAUUACUACAUCAUCAAUGGAUCGAAGAUGUGGAUUAGCAAUGCCGAGUAUUCAGAGCUCUUCCUGGUUUUUGCAAAUGUGGACCCCGCCUCUGGAUAUAGAGGCAUCACCUGCUUCAUAGUAGACCGAGAUACAGAAGGUUUUCACAUAGGGAAACGAGAAAACAAAAUGGGGAUCAGAGCUUCUUCUACCUGUCAGUUAACAUUUGAAAAUGUCAAGGUUCCAGAAACUAAUAUUUUGGGAAAAAUUGGGCACGGUUAUAAGUAUGCCAUAGGAAGUCUUAAUGAAGGUAGAAUUGGAAUUGCUGCACAGAUGCUAGGACUGGCCCAAGGAUGUUUUGACUACACUAUUCCAUACAUUAAAGAAAGGAUGCAGUUUGGCAAACGAAUAUUUGAUUUUCAGGGGCUCCAACACCAAGUAGCUCAGGUGGCCACCCAGCUGGAAGCCACUCGAUUGCUAACAUACAACGCUGCUAGGCUCGUCGAAGCCGGAAGGCCAUUUAUAAAAGAAGCAUCUAUGGCCAAAUACUAUGCAUCCGAGGUCGCUGGGCUAACAACAAGUAAGUGCAUCGAGUGGAUGGGAGGGGUUGGCUACACCAAAGAUUACCCAGUGGAGAAAUUCUUCCGCGAUGCAAAGAUCGGUACAAUAUAUGAAGGAACUUCCAACAUCCAGUUGAACACCAUUGCAAAGCACGUCGAGGCAGAGUACUGACGUCUGCGGAACGGGAUGGGCCCUCUCUGAUGUCACUGGCGAGCCAUUCCAACUGCUGUGCCUUAUGGAGCAGAGUCUGAGAGCAGUGCACUGUCCUGGUCUCAGGCCUGGACUGUGUUCCUGUCUCUUUCCAAUCUACUCUAAAACUAUUUCUAAGCUUCUGAACACAUUUGUAUUUCUCAUCCAAGUUUCAGGGUAUACAAAAGUUUCACUAUACCAGCAUUUGAGAAGAAGAAACCAUUUGAAGUAUUGGUAUUGCUGACAGAAAUAGUCACUUUAUAUUCCUACUACAUCUUUGUACUAUGGUAUGAGCCAGAGGAACGUUUGUUACAGUUGGCAAUUUUUAUUCAAUACUUUAUAGAUUCAGUGGUAAGUUGCUAAACAAGGUAGAAACUGAUAAAAUUUAUUUGGAAAAAUCUAGAACUCUUAGUUCUAAAUAUUAAAGAAAGAGUAGAAAAUAAAAAUGUAGCUUUUGGCUAUAUAAUUGACAACAACAAAAAGUCCCAAAUAUUAUUUUAACCAACAAAAGCAGUAUGUUUGGCUGCUAUAAUUGAACUAUAUGAAAGAUGUAUUAUGUGGUAGCUUUCAGCUGCUCAUUUAAAAGACAUGUCCCUGUAUUAGUUUUCAACUAUAAAGUUUAAAUAAUUUGGCCUAAUCAUCUGAAAAUAAUUUAUUAGAUCAUGCACUAUUUUUCAGUAGUAUGAUUUAUUUCUGUAUUUUUAUUGAGUAUUUUUUCCUCAAACUUGGUUAUUGGACUUUAUCCUAAAUAGUAAUUAAUUGAGAAAUUCAAUUUUGGUUUUCAAAAUUGAUUCUUAAGAGAAAUAUACCCCCAUAAGAAAAUAAUACCACAAUCUCAUAAGGAUGGGGAAGGGAGACUAGAUAGUCUGAAAGGGCACAUUCAGAAUAAAUGUAUGUAGCCAUUUAUAUAGUAUAUUAAAUAAUUUUAUAUUUGUGAAGACAAAUAUCUAUGUCUUACAAUGUAAAUGAAAAACAGGCAAAGCCUAAUCAGGUGUCCACAGCUGGUGAAGCCAUUGAUCAGUGUUAGGAAUUCACAGUCAAGACUAGACCCUCCGGUUGUAGACCCUGAGUCCUCUGGAGAGAGAAGCAGACAGUAGACAAACGAGUUUCACAUUCCAGACGAAACAUCACAAGCUAGAUGUGAAAAAUGCCCCAAGGCUCAAGCAGUUGCUGGAAAUAUUCUUUAUUUUAGUGCGUUUGCAAAAGGAUAAUGUUUAUUAAGAAAACUUGACAUUUUCUAGGUAAUUUUGCUUUGCACAGUCAUGUUUAUUGAGCUAAAUUAAUUUCCACAAUGCAAAUCAUAGUUAAAUAUGCAAGGUUGUAUAAAUACAGUUGAGAUAGGAAUUACAUUAAAGCAGUAGGAAGAAAUAAAACAAAUUUAGACCUUGAAUCCAAAGAGAUAAGGUCUACUUGACUUUCAAAUGGGGAAAAUGAUCAAAGCCCCUCACCCAGGCUUUCAGAACAGACAGAUGAGUAUGAUAAGAAGGGAAGGGGUGGAUGCAGUGCCCUGCCGGGCAGACAUCGUCCACGUCUGUGAUAAUGUCAAAGAUGUGGGCUUACGGACGAUGCAGUGGGAGUCAGAAUGAGUAAACAGUCCUGCCCUCCUCCUCUAGAGUUAGAAACCUAGGAAAGGGUGAUAAAUGCCAUGUUCUAACUCAGCAUCCGCACAGACUGUCCCUUACCUAUUUGGACUUUAAAUGUGUCCAUAGCACUCAAAAUCUGUGUGUAGAUUUUGUACAUAUUCAUAAAGGAUAGUUAACAGCAUUACUUAGUAGUGCAAUUAACAUACAAAUUCACCUUCUUCUGCAGUGAGUCUUUGUUUUGUUUCACCAAAGAGGACAUCUGGGGUCUACUCAUAUUUCUUCUGAUUUCCGUGACUUUCUAAUCUGUCACAAAACUAUGUCCCUUGAAUUUGUGUCUGGUAAGGAACCACAUGCUGUUUGUUAAUUUGAGGAUUGAGAUGACAUGGGGCACAGGAGAUAAAGAACUGACCUGGUAUAUGCAGGUGGAAUUGGUUGCCAAGUUUGCAUCAUUAGAAAGACUAGAUAACCACAAAGGCAGUUCCGUCAAUUGAAAAUGGAACACUUUUAACCAAAGCUGCUUUCUCAGAUCAUCCAUCCAAGGACAAAGACAAGAAUUCGGAUGGACUGGCUCAUUACCAAACACAGUUGUUGUUCAACAAAUUUUGGAUUUUAUCCUUGUUUUACUUUGUUGUUGAUUUAUUUCAAGUUUAACUGAUAAAUAAUGAACAUCAUAGUGAUAUUGUGAUUGAUCAGUCACUUGCAAAAGGUUAUAGCCCAGAUAUUAGGUCUGAAGAUGGCUGUGUGAGAUCAUUUUGUAUCACUGUUACACUGUUUUUAAAGAAAUACUCCUCCGGGUAUUUAUGCUGAUCUGUCAUAAAGCAAAAAUUCUAUUUUAA